AUGGACUCAGAGGUUUCGCUGCCACCCACACACAAAAAGAAGAUGGAAACGCCAAAAAGUCUGCAAGAACUGACCAAAAUGCUACACGAAAUCUUUAAGGAGGACAGCAUUAAUGUCGAAGAAGUGACAGAGCUCAUGGAGUCCUACAAAAGCAACCCCCAGGACUGGAAGAAAUACGCCAUUUUUGACAAACACAGAUACACCAGGAACUUGGUGGACGAAGGCAAUGGGAAGUUCAACCUGAUCAUCUUGUGUUGGGGAGAAGGCCAUGGAAGUAGCAUCCACGACCACUCAGACUCUCACUGCUUCAUGAAGAUGCUCCAGGGCGAGCUCAAAGAGACUCAGUACCACUGGCCAACGGGCGAAGGCGGUGAGAUGACCGAGAAAUCGCACAAGAUCCUGGAGAACAACUCUGUGGCCUAUAUAAACGACUCCAUCGGCUUGCACCGCGUAGAAAAUGUCAGCCACACUGAGGGUUCGAUCAGCUUGCACCUGUACAGCCCGCCCUUCCAGACGUGUCAGGUUUUCGACGAACGCACCGGUCACAAGACUGUCGCCAAGAUGACCUUCUGGAGCAAAAAUGGCGAAAGGACUCCAUUUCAGUGCGCAGCAACAAAAGAAAACAACUGA